AUGAAUCCAUCUAUCCAAGCUGUAGCUUUGUUCAUGAUUAGUCUCACAACACUAGCAUCUAUGAUCAAUGGCGACAAUCUUCAAGAAACAAAUUCGGUGCCUGAGUUGCCCGAUGCAUCAAUUAAAUGUGGUUCAUGCCCCUGCGUAGACCCUUGUCGCAGCCAGCCAACGUUUCCACCACCUCCGCUGCCAUCACCAUCGCCACCACCACCUCCACCACCACUUCCGUCACCACCACCUCCUUCUCCGCCACCACCCGCUACUCAGUAUUGUCCUCCAGCUGUUGUGGCAAAACCACCACCUCCACCGAGGUUCAUUUACGUGACUAGCCCACCUUCGUCAGUCAAUCAUCCCUUCACCUUGAAUGUGUACUCCGGUGGCUGUAGCCGUCGCGUUGGUGGAGUUACUGGUUGGAUUUUUGUGGUUGGUUGUGUGGUUUUAGAAUGGUUGUUGAUUUGA